GCACGACGUCAUCAACGGCGCGACAACACCUGCUCGCUGCUACUGUCCGCCGACAACCGAAAGGUGAAAACGCCGCUAAAAAGCCGCCAGCAGGAGCGCCGUCGACAUGCUGGCCCUCGGGGCGGCCCGCGUCCUGCGCCGUCCGUUCGCCGCCUCGCUCGGGAGGCCUCCCUUUGCUUCCGCCGUCUGCCACCGCUCGUCUUCUGGGGGCGGCGAUCCCGGAUGGUACCAGCAGGCGGCGCACUCGGCUCCCGUGCGCCUGGCCGAAGACUUCCUGGUGGAGAUCCAGCAGAGCGGCGCGGUCCCCUGGUGGCUGGCCAUCGGCGCGGCCACCCUGGGUGUCAGGACGCUCGUCACGCUGCCUCUCGCCGUGUACCAGACGCGUAUCCUCGCCAAGAUAGAGGGGCUUCGACCGGAGAUCACGGCGCUGGCCGAGCGGUUGAAGUACGAAGUGUCAAUGAGGGCCGCCCAGCGAGGCUGGACGGACAAGCAGUGUCGGUUUCACUUCCGCAAGAAUCUCCGGCGUUUGAUGUCAGAGCUGUACGUGAGGGACAACUGUCAUCCCUUCAAGGCCUCGGUGCUGGUCUGGGUGCAGCUGCCGCUUUGGAUUAGCCUUUCGCUCGCACUCAGAAACCUCAGCGUGCAACCCUCGGAGCACCAACCCUCCUUGGCUACAGGGGGUGCUCUGUGGUUCCCUGACCUGACGUUGCCCGACGCCACUUGGCUCCUCCCAAUCUCUCUGGGUCUAACCAACCUGCUCAUUGUGGAGUUAUUCGCCCGGCAGAUGACCACUGUGAGUUCAGUCCAAAAAUGGGUGAGCAACGUCAUGAGAGGUAUAUCUAUACUGAUGAUUCCCAUCGCCGCCAACGUCCCUUCGGUGAGUUCCUUGCCGUUCGUGAGAAACUACCCCGUAAAAAAAACAACAAAAUACAAAGUGCUACCGGUUUCUUCGUGUCCAGUCUAUGGUGCUUUACUGGUUGAUCUCUAGCUUGGUGGGCUUGAGUCACAAUCUCCUGCUUCGCGCUCCCGCCGUCCGCAAGGUCCUCAGAUUCCCCAAACACCACCCCGACUCCCCGCCGGAUCAGGCCGGAAGAAAGCACGGCGAGUAAGCGGUGCAGAUCCCGACAGGUAGCAAUUGGCAAAAUGACGCCUCGUGAACCAGUGAGACAUUGGGUCAGCCAAAGUUCAUAUUAGCUAUCUACUGACACCCGCUGUACAGGUGAAAGUAUAGCAGAUGAAAUCUUGAAAUGCUUUUAAAAAUGGCCCAAAUCCAUCUUGUUACUCAACACACUGUAGUACUGGACAUACCUAUAUGCCAGCAGGCACAUCAUGUAAAAUUAAAGAUGGUUGUUUUGUGUCAUGGAUUUUAAUUUGGAAAUACAUUUUGCUUUUGGCGGGAGGGGUGUAGGGUGUUAAAAUCUUCAUUCUUUUUCAUCCCAAAAGGAAAAAAACAUUUGACAAAUGACAAACAAUGUAAAAACUACCGUAUUGGCCCGAAUAUAAGACUGUUUUUUGCAUUGAAAUAAGACUGAUAAAGUGGGGGUCGUCUCAUAUUCUACACAGAAAUGGUUCACCAGACGCAAAAAUCAAGCUCCUCCCAUGGCCAUCUCAGUUCCCAGACCUUUUUUUGUUGGCAAAAGGGGGUUGUACAAAGUAUUAACACCAGGGGUGCUAAUAAUUGUGACACACAUUAUUUGAUGUCAAAUAUUUUUUUCUUUAUGUGGAAUUUUUUCCCCACUGAAUAAAUGCACUUGUAUUGAAGGUUGGAUUUUUCUCUUUUUUUCCAUGAAGGUCCCAUAUUAUUUGAAUAAAAGAAAAAAAAUUAGAAGCUAAAAAACACAUCUUAAUCAGGGGUGCCAAUAAUUAUGGAGGUCACUGUAUAUCAGUAUCAGGAUCUGCCUUUGAAAAUUCCAUAUUAGUCGACCUCUAGUAUUUAGCUACCUGUUGCCGCCUCCCACAUGAUUAUGGACCAUUGGGCAGCGCACACUCGGCAACAGCAUAUUUGUGAGUUCCUUUUGAAGAAAAAAAAAAAAAACAUUUUAAGGGCAAUUAGGUGAAGGUGGAUGGUUUUCCACAGCAUACCAACACUGCGGCACAGUGGUUGAAAAACACUGCCAUAAAAUGGUACAGUACAGGUACAAGUACAGUUGAUCUUAAUGAACUCAAAUGCUGCCGCUAAAGAGACUUCGCUCUCACUUCAAAUGUAGUUGACGUCUAUCGCAGUCAAUAAGUUAAUACGAUGUCAGAGGGGAAAAAAAGCACUUUUGCAUGAGGUGAAAGGCACUGCUUUCUUGUUUUGACUCUCGUGCACUUGAUUCCUCUUAUGUGUCCAUUUUCACAUCGAGUCCAAGUUUACCUCUUCUCCAUACAAUUUGACAUUUGCUCCGCCCCCUCUACAAUGCAGCGGCUCAUCCUCCAAAGCGGGCUUCACUUUCUCUUUCCGACGAGCGUCCAUCCGUCUUGGUCCUCCUGAGGAGCACCUCUAAUCUGUUGAUCGCUAGCGCUGUCUGUCGCGUUUUCAAAUUCCAUCGCCUACGCACG